UCGCUUUGCCUCCAUUCACGAACUUUUCAACAUGGUGAGUAUGCUGACGAUGCACUACUCUUCCCUGCAAGCUUGCUUUGAAAACCCUCUCCUUCGCACGCCGCAGCUAUACACUAAGCUCUUCGUCGCCAUUGGCAUCCUCCUGACGAUCUUGACUGUAGUGCAGGCCAAGGGCGAGCCGACUGGCAGGUUCGUUGGCACUUGUUAUUACGACCGCAAGUGUGGAGCGGACCCCCACUCCAUCGAAGUUGGCCCCAGUGGUGUCACGAAUAUCCUUGUCAGCUGUCACUCGUUUCGAUCGGCCGUGUCUUUUGGCGAGAUCUGCGCUGAACACAACUGCAAGCUCUGCAUCAACGUGACAAAGAGCCAAUGCUACGCUCCGGCACCUGGCGGCGAUUUCUUCACAUACUGCAUUCCGAAAGACAACGCGACCAACAGCAUCGAGUAGAAUUCAUGUGAUGUAGUUGAGAUAGAG